UUCUGGUAUCAAUUAUCACCGUCAAGGCAGAGAAUUACGUUAUGCCCAAAUACCAGACUUGGUGGCCUCUCCUGUAGGUGUAGGGGGGCAUGGACCACCACCUGGAAUGCCCCCUUCUGGUCCACCUCCUCCACUUUCAUCCUCCAUGGGACAGCCAUCAAAUAUAUUCACACCACAAGGCCAGGCUCCAAGUACUCAGCCUCAUUUCCAUAGCGACAGCCAAAAUGUGAACCUCCAGCCACAUCUAGCGGGGCAUCAUGGCCAGCUACCAACUUCAUCUUCAGUCUUCCAGCCUGUCAGGUCUCAUUGGUUCUACAGCAAACAUGUGGAAGGCAAGGAACUAUGGAAGCCAUUUUCAUACAAAGAUGCUGCACGCUUAGAGGAUGCGCUGCAUAGAAGAGCCACUGCCUCAGGUUCAGAAAUCAUAGUGCCAACACAGGGAGGAAGGUAUGAUGUGGAUGUUAUCAAACGACAACAAUUUGCUGUAUAUUGGGAUGAAGAACCCUCGUCAGUAACAAGAAGUUCUUGGUUCUACAAGCCCGAAGGUGCUGCCAGGUUCCUGCCAUAUGAUGAACAGUUUUGUGCCAGGUUGGAGGAAGAAUACCAGGCAGCUGUGAUGAACAAUGUGUGGCCCAGGAAGCUUCAAAUUGAUGAAGGAACAAUUGUCAUGCACAGCCCAUACACAAUUGAACACUAUUCUACAAAUUCUAUCCCAGAUGAAUAUGGAACUAUUCCUCUGCAUUCAAGAGCAAGAUGUGUUAUAAGAGGCACACAGGACUUUGAAGAUAUCGAAGAAGGUGAACCAGACCAGAUAGACCACCUGGUGUUUGUUGUCCAUGGCAUCGGACCUGUGUGUGAUCUAAGGUUUCGAGACAUAAGGGAAUGUUUGGAUGAUUUUCGGUCUGUAUCACUGUCCCUGAUGCAGUCUCACUUCAAGCAGUAUCUGGAGCGAGGACAAGCAGGACGUGUAGAGUACCUGCCCGUACAUUGGCAUAAAGCUUUACAUGGAGAGGCAACAGGGGUUGACAGGAAACUAAGAGAGAUCACAUUAAAGAGUAUUCCAAAGCUCAGACAUUUUACUAAUGACACGCUUCUAGAUUUAUUAUUCUACACAUCUCCAGUAUACUGUCAGCAAAUUGCAGACACAGUAUCUGGUGAAAUGAAUAGAUUACAUGAGCUGUUUUUGCAAAGGCAACCAAACUUCAAAGGCAAUGUGUCAGUGAUGGGCCACAGUUUAGGUUCCCAGAUAUUGUUUGACUUAUUGUUACACCAGAAGGAUAGUGAAGGUAAAGCACUUCCAGCAGUGUCACAAGAACAAGGGCAACUUACCUUUGAAAGAGAGGUAUCUCCAUUGUCAGAAGAAUCUCAUGUGGAAGAUGCAGAUGAGGAAGAAGAAGAAAGUCUUGAGGCUUUGCUAGAGAAGCUAGGGCUGUCCAGUUUCUUGGAGACAUUCAAUAAAGAACAGAUAGACCUUGAUUCUCUGACUGAGAUUGAAGAGUCUGACAUCAAAGAGAUGGGUCUACCAAUGGGUCCAAGGAAAAAACUUCAAAAAUACAUAAGAAAUAAAAAAGAGAAAGAGAAGAAAAAACAAGAAACAGCAGCAAGUAAAUCAAAACGAGAAGCUGCUCAAAAGAUAAUAGAAGAACAGAAGCAAGCAGCUAGUGAAGCUACAUGUAAACUGAAUAGCAAUGGACAGGGGAUUACGCAGGAGCAUCCACUUUUGAAGCAAGCAUCCAGCACUAGUAUAUCAUAUGUGACUGGUCUAGCAGGUACGGGUCAGCCUUGUGUCAGCUACCCACAGCUACAGUUUGAAAUGGCCAACUUCUUUGCAUUAGGGUCACCUAUUGCUAUGUUCAUGACUGUGAGAGGAGUAGGAUCUAUAGGGGAGGAGUACAAGCUACCAACCUGUCCAGGAUUUUUCAAUAUUUUUCAUCCAUUUGAUCCUGUGGCCUAUAGAAUAGAGCCUUUGAUCAACCCUAACUAUACCAUGAAACCAGUGUUGAUGCCACAUCAUAAAGGAAGGAAAAGAUUGCACUUGGAGCUUAAGGAAAGUUUGAGUAGAUAUGGUGCAGAUCUCAAGCAGAAGAUAGUUCAGUCUCUGAAGGGCACAUGGAAUAUGAUUAAUGACUUUGCUAGAGCUCACAGGUCCACACCAGAGGAAAUAGUAAAUAGUGAGGUAGAUAGUGUAAUAAGUGACUUGGCCAAGCAACAGGAGGAAACUGAACAGGCCUCUGUGGCUUCAGAAGAGGAAAUUAUUGUAGGUAGUAUGAACCAAGGAAGAAGGAUAGACUAUGUGCUGCAAGAAAAACCUAUUGAAAGUUUCAAUGAUUACUUGUUUGCCCUUGGAAGCCAUGCCUGUUACUGGGAAUCAGAAGACACUGCACUGAUGAUCCUUAAAGAAAUAUAUCUGCCAUUGGGAAUGACACCAGUUAUGCCAGGAUCUGACCUCACAGCCAACAGAUUUCCACGGCCUCCCAGUCAACAGUCAUUAGGACCUUCUCCAACAAUGCUUGGUGCUCCUCCCAGAGGCCCCCCCAUGGGUCCACCAUCAGGUCCUCCCCCUGGACACCCAUCAGGCGCUAUGUCUGGACCAGCAGGUUAUUCAGCUGGGCCUCUGCCAGGCAAUUAUGCAGCAGUAUCCAGAGGAUCACCACCUCCACCUUACACAGCUCAGCAGGCUCCAGCAGCAGCCCCACCAUCAGGGCCUCCUCCACUUCAAGGAUUUGUAAGAAGGUGAAAUGUGAAGGACUUGAGGUUUUUUUCAGUCUGGAUUUUUUUGGGCUGUUACUUUUCUUUUUGAAAAAAUGUCGUCUUUCAUUUUACAUUAAAAGCAAGUUGUGAAUAUAGAUAGUUCAGUAGAAAAAUGUUAAGGACGAAAAGAUGACAGGUUCGGAAAUUCAGUAUUUUAUUUAUUUUUGGCAAAUGCAUCACAAAUACACACACACAGCUACUUCUUGGCCAGCUUCAUGGCAACCAGUCAGAAUUAUAUUGAAGAGAUCUCCAAUGAAUUGCUUUAAGUUAAUUAAAGAAAUCUAUCAUGAAACUGCAUGUCAAUGUACCCAUUGUAACUGAAUUAUGUAUAUCUACCAAACAUGAUAUAUUAAGUAUCAUAGUUCUUAACACUCAACAUAAUGAAAAUUACCAUUUAAAGGAACUGCAGGCUUAGCCAAAAAUGUGAAAAUAUGUUUAUACAUAUUAGGUUCAAGAGAGACAUUGUUAUAUCCAUUGGGUUAAAUGAUAUCACUAACAUAUU